AUGGAGGAGGCUACGCCUGUUGACCCCCCCCCUGCCAUCGCGGCAAGCGAACCAAAACCAUUGCCCAAGGGAAAGCUCUCCCGGAAGCAGCCCCCACGUCCGACACUGUGGUGCGACCAAAGUGUUGAAGCAAUGUUCAAGCUGCGGUACAAGUCUGCUUUGGCUAGCCGAUUUGACUCCAAGAAAAACUACGGCAAUCGAGUAGCGUACGUCAUGCUGGCGACCGAACUUAGCGUCGUCAUGCAGCGGGAAUUUACAGCCAAGCAAGUGCAAGACAAGCUGGCCAAGAUGAAGACAGAAUGGUCUCUCUCCAAGCCAACGUUGCCUGCUCCGACUGGGAACUCUCCCCAGGCCUUUCUGCCGCUGCAUUACGACGUAAUGCUUGAUUAUUGGGGGGAAAAGGCUGGCUUCCGAAGGGAGUCGCUUAUGAGCACUGACGAUGCCAACAACAAUCUCGACAAUGCCCCUCUCGGCGAUGACGAAAGGUAUGUUGGCGAGGAGGCUCAGCAGCCAGAGCAAAUGAAAAAGACGAGUGGGAAAUCAAAAAAGACCAAGUCACCAUCAGAGUCCCUGGAAGCUGGAUUUACUGCCAUCAAGGAGGGAUUAAUGUUUUUGGGGUCUGCGAUGGCUCAACAAACACCUCCCCAUCAACAAACACCUUCCCAUCAAGUCAUGGCUGCAGCGCCAACUCCUGCCACCCAGACGAGCUCUGUGGCUACUCUCGACGACGUUUUGAGUGCCAUAAAGGCUCAAUCAGACACCAUGUCCCAGCUCCUGUCGCACCUCAUUGCCAAAAAGGAUUAA